UUUGGAUUAAUUGAGAGAUGGGAGGCAAAACUAGUAGCAGUAGUGGUAGGAGUAUGGUAAUGGUGCUGUUAUUGUUGUUUUUAGGAAUUCUGAAAGUGGAGUCACAAGAUUAUGGAGAUGCAUUGACAAAAUCCAUAAUGUUUUUUGAAGGUCAGAGGUCAGGGAAGCUGCCCUCCACACAAAGGAUCACAUGGAGAAAGGAUUCUGCUCUUCGUGAUGGCUCUGAUAUUGCUGUGGAUUUAUCUGGAGGUUACUACGAUGCCGGAGACAACAUUAAAUUCAAUUUUCCCAUGGCUUUCACAACGACGCUAUUAGCUUGGAGCGUGAUAGAAUUUGGGGCACUAAUGGGCCCAGAGUUAGGACACGCAGUAGAAGCCAUUCGGUGGGGAACUGAUUACCUUCUCAAGUCCACCAGCGUCCCUGCCUCUGUGGUUGCCCAAAUUGGCCAACCCUAUAGUGACCAUAAUUGCUGGGAAAGACCUGAAGAUAUGGACACUUUGAGAACCACUUACGUUGUUAAUCGAACACAUCCUGGCUCUGAAGUUUCUGCCGAAACUGCCGCUGCACUAGCAGCUUCUUCUUUGGUAUUCAAGACUAGAGAUUCCGCGUAUUCUAACAUCCUUCUCCAAAGAGCUUUCUCGGUAUUUGACUUUGCCAAUACGUACCAAGGAUCUUACAAUCUCAGCGUUGGGCAAGGUGUUUGUCCAUUUUACUGCGAUUCCAAUGGUUACGAGGAUGAAUUGAUUUGGGGAGCGGCUUGGCUGUACAAAGCAACUAAAAAUUCCAAGUAUUGGAAUAUCAUUCAACAACACAUGCAAUAUGUAAAAUUUAUGUUCAGAACACGUAAAGAUAGUGUUGAUUCGCUCCGGUACCGCUUUGCUGAAUUCGGAUGGGACUCUAAAGAUGCUGGCAUUAACAUACUUGUCUCCUCGGUAAUACUUGUCUCCUCGGUAAUUCUAAUCUGAUCCUAUUACAUGCACAUUAUAAUUCAAAUUUAAUUUUUAAUUAAUCAAGAAUGAUGUUUGUCAGGUGGGUUGCUAUUCAAACCUGGAGGAAGUAACUUGCAACAUGCAACCUCUUUGUCAUUCCUUUUAAUUGUUUACUCCACCUAUUUACAACGAGUUGGUAGAGAUGUUCAUUGCGGCAAUGUGGUGGUCACUCCGAGUAAGAUUGCUAGCCUGGUAAAAAGCCAGGUCGAUUAUAUACUGGGUAAAAAUCCAUUAGGCAUGUCCUACAUGGUGGGAUAUGGCACAAAGUAUCCUCAAAAAAUUCAUCACCGUGGCUCGAGUUUACCUUCAAUUGAGAAGCAUCCUGCGCAUAUUGGGUGUCAUGAAGGAACCCCAUAUUUUGAGAGCAAAGAUCCGAAUCCAAAUGUGCUUGUUGGUGCCGUUGUUGGAGGACCUGAUAGUUCUGAUCAGUUCGCUGAUGAUCGUUCUAAUGCUCCUCAAUCCGAACCUACUACUUACAUUAAUGCUCCUCUCGUUGGAAUCUUGGCUUACCUUAAAGCAUAUCCAUAGCCGUAGAACUUGUUAAUUUUCAUUUUCAGGUUUUUUAAGCCAGUAAGAUCAAGGAUGUAUUAAGAAAUAGGGUAAAUACUAUUUCUUCCCUGAGAUUUGACCUUAAUUGCUAUUUCACC